UUGUGGUUAAAGAGACAACAAGACUGUACACGCUAACUAUGGACAACAAUCCCAUCACAACACACAAUAUAAGAAUAAACGCAGCAAGUCAGUGUAGUAGUCCCAGUAUAACUCGGCUAUAAGCUCCAUUUCUUCUACAGAGAUCACUGCUGUCUGUACUAUCUCUCUUAGGACCAAGUUAAUAACUGACACAAGCCCUCCUAAAAUCCUAGGAUUCCUGUAUAUCUCAGCUAAAGGAAAGUCUGUAUACACUCUACAUAUACACACAUACGUCAUGAUAGCAAUAAAGUGUGUGGUUGUUGGUGACGGCGCUGUAGGUAAAACCUGUCUACUCAUUAACUACACAACGAGUGCUUUCCCUGGCGAAUACAUACCAACGGUCUUUGAUAACUAUUCGGCUAACAUAAUGAUUGACUCAAGGCCGGUUAACAUUGCACUAUGGGACACAGCAGGUCAAGAGGACUAUGACAGACUCCGCCCUCUCUCUUAUCCUCAGACUGACGUGUUUCUGAUCUGUUUCUCUCUCAUUAGUCCAUCGUCUUAUGAAAAUGUGAAAAUAAAAUGGCACCCAGAGGUUAACGGACACUGCCCGGACACGCCCAUCAUACUAGUGGGUACCAAACAAGACUUGAGAGAGAAGAAAGACGCGCUAGAGAAACUAGCAGAGAAGGGACUCUCGCCGAUAACUAGCGAGCGCGGAGUCAGACUACAGAAAGAGAUUGGGGCCAUGCAGUACAUGGAGUGCUCGGCUCUGACUGGGAAAGGAGUAAAAGGAACAUUUGAAUUAGCCAUAAGGACAGCAUUAGCCAACAGAGUCCAUGUUGCUGACGAGAGGAAGAGGAGGAAGGAGAGGAGGGGCAAUAAAUGCACGGUGCUCUGAGGCUGCUACCAGUUUACUAAUAAUAUAACAAACUAAUUUACUAACUUGAAGACGCUAGUAAUGAUUGCAGUAUGUAUAUACCGAGUCUUUUUUUUUUGUAAAAAAUAACUAAUAAUCUUAAUAACUGUUUGACAGAAUGUAAAAAUUACCGCAACUACAA